GUUUCCUUCGUCGAUCAAAGCGCGCUCAAAAAAUGGCCAGCACGGAUUCUGUAUCAAUAUUUGCCGAGGGGACCUUCGAGGAGCAGAUCCAAGAACUGGUCAACUUCCUCGUCAGGAAUCACUCGGAUGAGGAGCGCACCUCCUUCAUCCGCCCGUUCUCCGAGGCGCUCAAAACUGAGGAGGGCAAGAAGUCGCUGAGCGAGGAUGACGACAGGAAACGGGAGAUCUUCUCGCACCUUGUACCGGAGGUGAAGACCUUGGGGGAAGGGACUGAGAAGGAGAUCGAGGGCUUCUUCAAUCUGCUGUUCUCCCACUUGAUCUCACUCUACCCCGCCACCUCUGCCGAGGCCAGCCCGCUCCUCCCCCCUCUCAUCCAGACGAUCGCCUCCGCACCUACUACCCAGUCCGGCUUGAAGUACCGCAUAUUGACGAACCUCUUCAACCUCUUGCCGCGCACGUCCUCCCUGCGCCUCGAUGUCUACAACGCGCUCCUGGCGAUCGCUGCCGCGCAGGGCGAGCUCUCCGUGCUCCAGUUGUCGCGCACAGACGUGGAGAAGUGGAUCUCGGAAUGGGAUGUCACGUCCGAGAAAAAGAGCCAGUUCUUGAAGGCGAUCGUCGACGCGUUCGUGCAGGCUGACGAUCUCACCACUGCAUACGGAUUCGUUCAGCUGUACGCACGCUCGCUGCCUCCCUCAUCUCCAGAGGCCCGCGAGGCCGCGGCUCAAGCGAUCUCUCUCGCUCUCCGACUACCCACCAUCUUCGACUUCGACCCGUUGUUCAAGCUCGACGCUGUCGUUGCGGCGAAGGACCACGAACUCUUCCCGCUUCUGCAGAUCUUCCUGAGCGGUGGCCUCCCAGAGUACAGGUCCUGGGCAUCAUCGAACGCCGGUGCCGUUGAGAAGUACGGCUUGAGCCCUGCUGAUCUCGAGCACAAAAUCCGCUUGUUGACCCUUGCAUCGCUUGGCUUCAAGCACGUCGGGCAGAACCUGCCCUACUCCACGAUCGCGGAGGCGCUGGACGUCGACGCGACGGAGGUGGAGAAAUGGGUGAUCGAUGUCAUCCGCGCCGGCCUCGUCCUCGGCAAGCUCUCCCAGACGACGAAGACGCUGCACAUCGUACGCGCAACAGCACGCGCCUUCGAGCGCGAGCAGUGGGAGGCUUUGGAGAAGCGGCUCGUCGCCUGGAAGACCGGCCUGGUAGGCGUCAUGGAGGUUAUCGCGAACGCCAGACGGCAGGGUGGCGCAGUGCCUGUGCAGGCUCAGGCUGCGGCUGCUUGAAAGCGGAGUGAAGACCAGUAUAUAUUGUUGACAUACUGUAGCAGCAACUUUACAUCUCCUUGUUGUAUGUGUGUAUGUACAAGCUAUCAUCAUCUUGAGAGUACCAAGUA